CUCCGCCGCCCGCAGCGUCCGGAGCCGGGGGUCCCACUGGAACCGGGGGUAGCACCGGAGCCGGGGGUGUCACAGCGGAGGCAGGGGCGUCACACGAGCCGGGGGUCCCAGCGCAGCCGGGGUCGCACCGGAGCCGGGGUUCCCAGCGGAACAGGGGGUCCUACAGGAACCGGGGGUCUCACCGGAGCCGCGGUCGCACCGGAGCCGGGGUCCCAGCAGAAGCGGGGGUCCCAUGGGUGAGCGCUGCCCGGGGACCCCGCGCACGGCCCGGAGGGGACACGGAGCGCCCGGCACGGCCGGUGCCACCGGGAGGGGUCCCCAAGGCUCGGGGAGCGCGGGCAGGGGGCGCGGGGGGCUCCGCGUGGCCGCCCUCAGCCUCGCCCUCCUCUUCCUCCGCGCAGAGGCCGAAGGCUUCGCCCUCUGCCACGCGCCCGCGCUGCAGACCAAGGUGUUCCAGUACCGGCUGUGGGACGUGAACCAGCGCUCGCUGUACCUGCGCGAUGACCAGCUGGUGGCCGGGCACCUGCAGGGCGCCAACGCCGCGCUGGAAGAGAAAGUGUUCUGGGUGCCCAACCGAGCCCUGGAGCCCGCGCGGCUGCCGGUGAUCCUGGGGAUCCGCAGCGGCUCCCGCUGCCUCCGCACCGAGCGCGGCCCCGCCGGAGAGCCCCGGCUGCGGCUGCAGGACGUGGACAUCCGGGAGCUGCCCCGCGCCGGUGACAGCGCCGCCGCCUUCACCUUCUUCCGCUCCUACCGGGACGGGCUGUGGCGCUUCGAGUCGGCCGCGCACCCCGGCUGGUUCCUGUGCACGUCCCCGCGCGGCCACCAGCCCCUGGCGCUCUGUCGCCACCGCGAUGUCACCUCCAACCUGCUCGACUUCUACUUCCAGCUCUGCUGAGCGGGGACCCGGGGUGGUGGCAUCUUCCUGGGGAGGGUGGCAUCACCCCCAGAGUGGUGACAUCUUCCUGGGGAGGGUGGCAUCACCCCCAGGACGGUGACAUCCCCCUGGGGAGGGUGGCAUCACCCCCAGGACGGUGACAUCUUCAUCCCAGGGUGGUGACAUCUUCCUGGCGAGGGUGGCAUCACCCCCAGGACGGUGACAUCCCCCUGGAGAGGGUGGCAUCACCCCUAGAACGGUGACAUCUUCCUGGGGAGGGUGGCAUCACCCCCAGAGUGGUGACAUCUUCAUCCCAGGGUGGUGGCAUCUUCCUGGCAAGGGUGGCAUCACCCCUAGAACGGUGACAUCCCCCUGGAGAGGGUGGCAU